CCGCCCACUUCCGCGUCACGUGACGUGCGCAGGCCGCAGCGAUGGCGGCGCCAGGGCCGGAGCCGCUGUGGGUGCGGGACCCGCUGGGGCCGCGGGCGCGGCCGCUGCCGCUGCCCCCCGGGGGCGGCUCCGUGCUCUGCCUCCGCCGUGACCGCGCCAGGGAGCUGAACAUCCCAGAAGAAAACUUGUAUGUGAAGUGUAAUGGGCGCCUGGUCAGCGAUGAAGAUGAGUUGCAGAGUGGAGUUGUUUAUAGCCUGGAGCCGAGGCUUUGUGCUGGAAAAGGAGGGUUUGGGUCGAUGCUGCGAGCCCUGGGUGCUCAGAUUGAGAAGACAACAAACAGAGAGGCCUGUCGGGAUCUCAGUGGAAGGAGACUGAGGGAUGUCAAUCAUGAGAAGGCCCAAGGAGCUGCUGUUGCAGCUGAGAGCGCUGAUGUGGGGUGGUGUCGCUGCAGGAUGGCGGAGUGGGUGAAGAAGCAGGCGGAGCGGGAGGCGGAGAAGGAGCAGCGGCGGCUGGAGAGGCUGCAGCGGAAGCUGGCGGAGCCGCGGCACACGUUCACCGACCCCGAGUACGAGCGGCAGUACCGCGAGAUGGCCGAGCGCCAGGAGGAGUCGCUGCGCAUCGGCUUGCAGGUUAUUGCCAGCAAAGCAGUGUCGUCAGAAAGUGGCAAGAGUCGGAAACGUCUGGGUGAGCCUGGGAAGAGUGAAACAAAAUCGGAAAAAAGAAAAUGUCCUUGGCCAGGGUUGGAUGAGGCCACAAGCUCAGGCUGUGAGGAUAACAAUAAGGAUGACUCCCCUUGUGCAUCUGACAGAAGUUGUCCUUCAGGCAGCAGUGCUAAUGGAAGUGUUGGAAAUUCAGAUGAGUGUUCAAGCAGCUCUGUGGCUUCAGCAGAGGACAGUCCAUCUACCAGUGCAAGUGAGAAACCACUGGAGCAGACAGAAGGUCCUGGAAGAGAUCUGCAAGGAGAGGUGUGCACAGGUGGGCAGGCUGAAAUUCUGUCUGAAGAAAACAGCAAAAUGACAGAGGCCCCAAAGGAAGACACCCAAGGAAAGAAUGGAGUGACUCAAGCUCAGAAAGAAGAGCAAGAAAAUGUUCCUGCUAAGGCACAGGAAACAAACCAGUCACAGAGCACAGAGGUAGAACCAAUAGACCUGCUGGCCUUCAACUCUGCUGCUGAACUGGAAGCCCUGGGUUUAGAGAAGCUGAAGAUGGGAUUGAUGUCUUUGGGACUGAAAUGUGGAGGCACUUUGAAGGAAAGAGCAGCAAGGCUUUUUUCAGUGAGAGGUCUGUCUAGAGACCAGAUCAAGCCAUCCCUAUUUGCAAAGCCCCCUAAAGGGAAAACCUCUGGUUAAAUUUGGGAAUAUUUACCUUUUUUUGCAUGUGUAUUUGAUGUUAUUAAAUAAAAGCUCUUGGUAUCCUUUCAA